GUCAUGUUUCCCCCCAGCUGAAGAGAAGAAGUCAGCAUCACAACAACAAUCACAGCAUCGCUAGCAGCGUUAGCUUCAGGAAAGCGAAGUGUAAUUUUUCUCUUCUAAUUUGGAACUUAUUAACAGGUACACUGGAAUUUUCUGAUACCCACUCGGACAUGUCCUAUGUCUUCAUCAACGACUCGUCGCAGACCAGCGUGCCUCUGCUGCAGUCCUGCAUUGACGGAGACCUGCCCUUCGCCAAGAGGCUCCUUGAGACCGGCUGCGACCCCAACAUCCGCGACAACCGAGGCCGCACCGGCCUCCACCUAGCCGCCGCACGGGGGAACGUGGAGAUAUGUCGCCUCCUGCACAAGUUCGGCGCCGACCUGCUGGCUACGGACUACCAAGGCAACACGGCGCUGCACCUGUGCGGUCACGUGGAUACUAUACAGUUCCUGGUCUCCAAUGGGCUCAAGAUUGACAUCUGCAACCACAACGGCUCGACCCCUCUGGUGCUGGCCAAGAGGCGCGGCGUCAACAAGGACGCCAUCCGUCUCCUGGAGGGCCUGGAGGAGCAGGAGGUGAAGGGCUUCAACAGAGGACCCCACUCCAAACUGGAGACCAUGCAGAUGGCAGACAGCGAGAGCGCGAUGGAGAGCCACUCCUUACUCAACCCCAACCUGCAGAGCAGCGAGGGCGUCCUGUCCAGCUUCCGGACCACCUGGCAGGAGUUCGUGGAGGACCUGGGCUUCUGGCGGGUGCUGCUGCUGCUGGUGGUCAUCGCGCUGCUCUCCCUGGGCAUCGCCUACUACGUCAGCGGCGUCCUGCCUUUCUCCACCAGCCAGCUGGAGCUGGUGCACUGAAGGGAGGGGGGGAGUCGCGAAAUAAACAAGUCGUGUUCUGCUUUCCGCUUUCUUUCUACAGAACAUGUUAAAAAGAAAAACAAAAAGUUUCCGUUUGGUUGCAGCUCAUCUUUUUCAUAGAUGUCCACUCUCAGAAAUAUUGUAAUGAUCGUAAAAAGCAGUGAUUCAAAAGAACAAAAGUCACAGAAAAAGAUACUAAAGCCAGUUUUGUUUCAUAUCCUCCUUUAAUGUAGCUGCUUUUCGAUGAAUGGAGACUUUUUGGUGAAAUGACACUUUUUCCUUUGACUCUGCGUGACGCUUCUUUUUAAACCUUUUUAUUUGACUCAUACUGUAUCCUGUUACAAGCUGUAUAUUAUCCAUGUUUUUGUUUGUUUUCGUCCUUUUUUUUUUCUCCUUUUAAUUGUGUUAUUUAUCAAACGCUUCAUAUAUUAAUUUCCUCAAGUACACUAAACGUUGAAUUGUGUUAAAACUCUGCUACUUUCCCAUCUUCGUCUCUUAACCAGGUCUCCUCCUCCGCCGUGCUAACUGAAAGCUGGUUUCGCACGGGGGUAUCUCGUCGUCGUGUCGUCCGCUCGGUAGAGAAAGCACCUCGACUCCGACUCGCCCUGGAGGAGAAAAGGCUCGGUGCUUCACAGCAGCUCGUUGAGACAUUCCCACCUGAAAGCAUGCAGCUUUGAGAUCAGGCGUCGCGGUCAGCGUCUUAUUUAGGCACAGCGGGAUUACGGCAACAGAUUAUUAUUAUUUUUGUUUUUUUUACUUUCCAUUGUGUUUUUUCUCUCAUGUUUUUUUGUUGAAGGUUUUCCACUGUUGAUUUGCAUUGUACAUUGAAACAUUUGAAGUAAAUCCCUAAUUUACUGUGGAAAAUAAAUAA